AUGUCGCUUCAAUCCCUUAGGAGCUCCCUCCUACGCUCAACACGGUCCCUGAAUCAGACCCGACCCAGCCACAGUACCGUACUCACAAGAAGCUCGUUCAUUCUUCGUCGCUCGCAACAUACCCUUUCGGCCACGCCAGAGCAGUUCAAGGCAGCGAUCAAGUCCGAACAGACGACCCUGGUGGAUUUUUAUGCUGAAUGUACGUUCCAUCUCACUGCUUGGGGAUGCAGCAGUCUAUCGAACGCCGAGUCGCAGCUCGCUUUGAUCUCCGAAUCCGCCACAGCUGACGGUUACGCGUCCUAAAUGACCUCUCUACACGUUUGCAGGGUGCGGGCCAUGCAAGCAGCUCACACCCGUUCUCAAACAAGUUAUCGCUUCCGACUCACAGGACGUGCAUUGCAAGUCCAGUCAUUGCUCUCCGGCGCAUUCUCCUUCGCCUUCUCCUUCUCCGAAAGCUGACAAAUCCUUACCUCACCUCCUCAUGGGAUAAACUGCAACGUUCUGGUGGAUCCCCCUGCUUACAACCGAGAACAGUGGUGACGAUCGAUACCGAUGAUCACUAUGAACUCGCGUCGGAAUACAAGAUCAGCGCCUUACCGACCGUGAUCGCGUUCAGGAAUGGGGAACCGAUUGGAAAGUUCGUCGGAGGGAGGAACCAGAGUGGGGUCGAAUCCUUCUUGGAGGAGGUGCAGGCUUGA